AUGAGGAAAAUUCUUGUAUUACUAAACUCAAUAGCGGGACUUUGCUAUAGAGUUGAACCAAACUUUCUCGAUCACACGGUAUUGAUAGACGAUGCGAAGAGUAGUGAGCUCUCUUUCAUAGACUCCAUUUUUGGAGAACUCGUCAAUGAUGAAAAAUCUCUCCGUUAUAAGAAAGCUUUGUUAGCUUCAGGAGAUAAGUCACUUUAUUCUGAAAAGAGUUCUGAAGCUAACUUAGAGGAACUUUUCAACCAAAUGCAAGAGUCGGACCUUGGGACUUUUUCUGAAAUUUUGCAAGAGUAUCAUAUCAACAAUGAAUUGAACCAAGAGCAGAGGUAUUUUGACAAGGCACACGAAGGUUUCAAGAGAUAUAAAAGUCAAAUAAACUAUCCGGAUAAGGAUGAUACUAGUGAUAUGUCGGAUAGUGCUGCUUCCUUGUUUGGCGGAAUUGUAAGCUUUGCACAUUUUCCUUAUUUCAAUUGCUUUAAUCCUAAAUAUUACGACAAGGAGAUUGACAUAGCCAUUGUUGGUGCACCAUUUGAUACCGGUACCUCGUACCGUCCAGGGGCAAGAUUUGGUCCCAAUGCUAUCAGAUCGGGCUCUAAGAGAUUAGGAUUAGGAAGUACUCCAGUGAGAGGGAAUACCAAGGACUCACCGUUAUAUGGUUUAGAUCCCUACGAUACCAAAUCUCAUAAUUUGACCCUUAUAGAUUGCGGAGAUGUUCCGAUGACGCCGUUCGAUAACAGAAUUGCGUUGAAUCAGCUUUACAGAGGAAUUAGAUCUAUCUACAACCAUCCCUCGAGGAAUGCCGCAAAAUUCCCAAAAAUUAUAACCUUGGGAGGAGACCACACAAUCACUCUCUUGACAAUUAAAGCAGCUUAUGAAAGAUAUGGGAAAAUCACUGUUUUACAUUUUGACUCUCAUAUUGAUACUUGGGACCCUAAAGUUCUCGGUGGAGGUAUCACACACUAUAUGUCAUUGAAUCAUGGUACAUUUUUACACUAUGCGAGUGAACAAGGAUAUCUUACGGAAAGCAAUUUUCAUAUUGGAUUAAGGGCUCCAUACAUUUCUCCCAGUUAUGACAAAAAGCAUGAUAUCGACUGCGGCUUCCAUGUAAUAAGUGCAAGAGAUUUAGAUAAUUUUGGCAGGGACGAAAUAAUCAAAAGGAUCAAGGAAACAGUUGGAGAUGGCCCAUUGUAUAUUUCCGUUGAUAUAGAUGUUCUUGAUCCAGCUAAUGCCCCUGGAACGGGUACCAUGGAGAUUGGCGGUUUCACUGGAAGAGAACUUUUGAGUUUACUCGACGGAUUGAGUGGCGUCAACUUGAUAGGUGCGGAUGUUGUAGAAGUUAGUCCACCCUACGAUUCAAAUAGCGAGAUCACAAGCUUGGCAGCCACAGCAGUAAUUGACUCAUUUUUAGGCUUACUCGUUGUAAAUGAGAUUUCGUAG